AUGACGGACGCCAUAAUAGGGCUGCCGAUGCUCUCGUUCCUCCUCAUCCCGACCGUGUCGUCGUACUCGACCUCGCUCAACCUCCUCUUCUUCUACCUCACUUGGUCGACUCUCGUCCUGUCGCACCCUCCUCUCAAGGUCGAGAUAAUCGCCAGCCUCGCGGUCCGCCUAUUGUUCUACGUCUUCCCGUCCCUAUUCUUCCUUGCCUUCGACGCAUUCGUCCCUUCGGCGGCCGAGAACCUCAAGGCCCUAGGCGACUCGGCGCUCCCGUUGAAGAAGAACGCCUCAAAGAAACGCACAAUCGCGCUCCUUCGCAUGGUAGGCUGGUCGAUCUUCAACACCCUCCUCGGCCUCACGAUCCAAGCGAGCGUGGAACUCGUCUUCACGCGCGUCCUCCUCUGGCGCUCCGCCCUGCGUGUCACCACGACGCUCCCUCUCCCAUGGGGUAUCAUCAAGGACCUCGCGAAGGGCUACCUCCUGCGCGAACUCAUCGCAUACACCCUCCACCGCUAUAUCUUACACAAUUGGAACCACACGGUCUCCCUCUCACGAAAUCACAGGGACUGGUACCACGCCAUUGAGGCGCCGUUUCCGCUCAGCGCCACGUACGACCAUCCCCUAGCUUACCUUGUCCGCUCCUUCUUGCCCAUGUACCUCCCCGCCUUGAUCCUGCGGUUCCACCUGCUCACGUACAUCUUUUACCUCACACUCACGUCGCUGGAGGAAACGUUCGCGUACAGUGGGUAUUCCACCAUGCCGACGAAUUUCAUCCUGGGAGGCAUGGCGCGCAGGACGGAUAACCACGUCCUCUGUGACGGGGAGGGCAACUUUGGGCCCUGGGGACUGUGUGAUUGGCUUAUGGGCACGAGUGUGGGGGCGGAUGUCGUGGAUGAUGUCGUCGCCGAGGCGGAUAAGCAUGAUGUGUCCGGGAAGGUUGAGAGGGCGAAAGGACGGGUGAGGAGAGGAGUCUCGCGGGAAGCCAAUGGGGCGAAGGGGGCGGUGACGAGGAGAACGAGAAGGAGGGCGGAUGAUUGA